ACUUUUCCACAUCACUUCACAGUUACAUUUUGCAGGCAGGCACGUUGGAGCGCUCAGACCCGGAAUUCGUGGAUUUAUUUGGAAUAUUCCUGCUUUCCUGGAGACGUGCUGCUGCCGCUGGCUUGUGCAAAGAGAGAAAUUAAUAACUGCACUUUAGCAUGCAGGCACAGAAACCCGAGAAGCUAAGUAACCAGCAUCUCCUCCAGCAUCAGCAGCCUCAAAAAGCAUGAAAAGAAAAUCUGGAGAAUCCUGCCUGUUCACAGGGACUGACUAAUGUUUUUUACCUCACCCUUUCAAUCCGGGUGUGAAGUGGCUGUCAGCAAGCGGUUUCCUUGGUCCUUGAAAGAGAAUCUUUAAUGACUGGAAAACUCAAUGGAUCAUAUUUUUAUAAUCUAAGCUAUUUUUACGUUGACUGUGCUGUAAACACAUGGAGGAGCUGUAAGUAAAUGUUCUGUACUGCAUGAUGAAUUGGAUUCCUACAGUCUGGAGGAAAGCAAAAUAAUAAUUUCAUUUCUGUGGUGAUUUGCAUAGCUUGUGGUACAAUGCCAGAAAGACUAACGGAAAUGCUUAUGGAUACAUGGACUCCAUUAAUAAUAUUAUGGAUUACUGUCCUUCCUUCCAUUUAUAUGUCUCCAAUGAAUCAAUCUCAAGUACUACCAAGUGGAUCUAGUACAGGACUAAAAAAACUAACUGAAGAACAAAGAGUUUUGAACCGUUCCAAGAGAGGCUGGGUUUGGAAUCAAAUGUUUGUAUUAGAAGAAUUUUCUGGACCUGAACCAAUACUAGUUGGCCGGUUACACACAGAUUUGGAUCCUGGCAGUAGCAAAAUCAAGUAUAUUCUGUCAGGAGAUGGAGCUGGAACAAUCUUUGUGAUCAAUGACAAGACUGGAGACAUUCAUGCAAUGAAAAGGCUUGACCGCGAGGAAAAAGCUGAAUACACUCUAACAGCUCAAGCAGUCGACAGGGACACAAACAAACCUCUGGAGCCUCCUUCAGAAUUCAUUAUUAAGGUUCAAGACAUCAAUGACAAUGCCCCAGAGUUUGUUGAUGGUCCAUAUCAUGCCACGGUUCCAGAAAUGUCUGUUGUAGGCACCUUUGUUACUAAAGUCACAGCUACAGAUGCAGAUGAUCCAGUUUAUGGAAACAGUGCCAAGCUGGUUUAUAGCAUUCUGGAAGGACAACCUUACUUUUCUAUUGAGCCACAUACAGCUAUAAUUAAAACAGCUCUUCCCAACAUGGACAGAGAAGCCAAAGAAGAAUACUUUGUGGUCAUCCAAGCAAAGGACAUGGGAGGACAUAUGGGUGGACUCUCUGGAACUACAACAGUGACAAUUACACUCACCGAUGUUAAUGACAAUCCUCCUAAGUUUGCACAGAGUCUGUAUCACUUCUCAGUAAUGGAAGAUGUUGCUCUUGGUGAACCAAUAGGAAGGGUGAAAGCAAAUGACCUGGAUAUUGGAGAAAAUGCUAAAUCAUCCUAUGAUAUUAUUGAAGGAGACGGAAUGGAUAUAUUUGAAAUUACUACAGAUUCCCAAACUCAGGACGGCAUUAUUAGAGUGAGAAAGCCGCUGGACUUUGAGACCAAAAAAUCCUAUACUCUGAAGGUAGAAGCAGCCAACGUUCACAUUGAUCCUCGCUUCAUCAGUGGAGGACCAUUCAAGGAUACAGCAACAGUAAAAAUUGUAGUAGAGGACGCUGAUGAACCACCAGUCUUUUCAUCACCUACUUACCUACUGGAAGUGCAUGAAAACGCUGCUAUUAACUCUGUGAUUGGUCAGGUGACUGCCCAUGACCCUGACGUGUCUUCCAGUCCUAUAAGGUUUUCCAUUGAUCGGCAUACUGACCUCGAGAGACAGUUCAACAUUAACGCAGAAGAUGGGAAAAUAACUUUGGCAACACCACUGGACAGAGAAACAAAUACAUGGCACAACAUAACUAUUGUAGCUACUGAAACUAGGAACCACAGUCAAGUGUCCCGGGUGCCUGUUGCUAUCAAAGUUCUUGAUGUAAAUGACAACGCUCCUGAGUUUGCAUCAGAGCACGAAGCCUUUCUAUGUGAGAAUGGAAAGCCUGGGCAAGUAAUUCAGAUCGUCAGUGCCAUUGACAAAGAUGAUCCUAAAAACGGGCAUUAUUUCCUGUACAGUCUUCUUCCUGAAAUGGUCAACAAUCCAAAUUUCACGAUAAAGAAAAAUGAAGAUAAUACUCUCAGCAUAUUGGCAAAGCAUAGUGGAUUCAGCCGGCAGAAGCAAGAAGUAUAUCUGCUGCCAAUCAUAAUAAGCGAUAGUGGGAAUCCUCCCAUGAGCAGUACUAGCACUCUCACUAUUCGAGUCUGUGGUUGCAGCAGUGAUGGUAUUGUCCAGUCCUGUAACGUUGAAGCAUAUGUACUUCCCAUUGGACUCAGUAUGGGAGCCCUAAUUGCAAUAUUAGCAUGCAUCAUUUUGCUGCUAGUCAUUGUGGUGCUGUUUGUAACACUAAGAAGACAUAAAAAUGAGCCUUUAAUCAUCAAAGAUGAUGAAGAUGUGAGGGAAAAUAUCAUUCGCUAUGAUGAUGAAGGAGGUGGAGAAGAAGAUACAGAAGCUUUUGACAUUGCAACUUUGCAAAAUCCGGAUGGAAUUAAUGGAUUUUUGCCACGUAAGGAUAUUAAGCCUGAUCUUCAAUUUAUGCCCAGGCAGGGUCUUGCACCUGUUCCUAAUGGUGUUGAUGUUGAUGAAUUUAUUAAUGUAAGGCUUCAUGAAGCUGAUAAUGAUCCCACAGCUCCACCAUAUGACUCUAUCCAGAUUUAUGGCUAUGAAGGAAGAGGGUCAGCGGCUGGUUCCCUUAGCUCAUUGGAGUCCUCUGCAUCAGACUCAGAUCAGAAUUUUGACUACCUCAGUGAAUGGGGUCCUCGCUUUAAAAGACUUGGAGAACUUUACUCAGUUGGAGAAAGUGACAAAGAAACUUGACAGUGGAUUACAAACUUUUUCACUGUUGACUUAAUGAUCAUGUAAUAUUCUAGGGCCACUGCUGUUAGUUAAAACUAAUGUGGCUUUUUGUUUUAGAGGCAAGUUUAGCGCCAGUCAUCUAUAAAAUCAACUACAUUGUAAUGUUGAACCAAAAAAAAAAAAAAAAGUAUAUGUUAGGAGGUUAAGUCUUGUGGAGUGUGAAGUAAAGUAUGUGGAGUGUCUAGAAGUCUUUGGAUAUUUGAUAUUCACUUGACCACUCUGAAGAUGGAGAUUUGGAUCUUUGAUUAUCUCCAGUGAAUUGAAAAGAACAAAAAGAAAUUGGUGCUUUCUUAGAAAAUGGACUUGCAGGGAUUUUGCUGUUGAACAGUAGCUCCUGCCAGUAUGUGUAAAGCUAAAGGUUUGUUUCUCCGUUGCCAACAAAGAUCCCGCCACAGAAAUGUUAAAAGCAAUAUCUUGGUCUUCUUAGCAAUGCUGAAUAGAAAUAGCAUUGUAAAUUCCUACUGGCUUCUACUGUGCAGUGACCAUACAUUGUACAUACAGUAAUUGUUGGCCACGUAACCACAGACUGAAUAUCAUCUUUAAAUAUUGUGUCAAGCCUUAAAAUAUUCACAUGUUCUUAAUCCAUUCCAGUGAAGGUUAAUAAAUCCUACUAAUGUGCAGAGAUUCAGAGGCAGGGCUACAAAACCUUGCUUUACAAAAGGAUCUUUUUCUAGAAGAAGGAUCAAUCCUGUGCUUCGUCUUCUGAAAGGAAAGAAAAAACUGUGAAAGGGGAUGGACUUACAUAUAUGAAAGAAUUGCUGAUUUUAUUGCUAAAGAUCGAAUUUAUUUGUUUAAUCUUUGAAAUAAAUAUUUUAUUGAUGUCCAUUACUGCUUUUAUUUAUUAAGACUGAUAAUCUAUAGAGUAAGAUUAUGAAGAAAACUAAAUUAUAUCUGUUAGAUUUUUUUUCUAUGUAUAAUGAAUGUUUAAUACAUGUACAUUUUGAAAAGAAAACUGACAAAUUGUUGCAGGUUAAAGCAGUAACCUAUCCAUUUGCAGUAGCUGAAUUUUAAGAGAAUGCUGGCAGGAAUAAAACUUUCCCAGAGGAAACUUUUGACAGUUUUAUAUCUUCUUCAUAAAUCUAGUACCUGGUGUUUUUAAUACAAGCACAAACAGCUGGAAGUAAACUGGUUCAUGUGAAUAUUUAAACUAUAGACUUUUAGAAAUCCACACAUAACACAGUACAGUAAAAAAACAUGCUUAUAGUUCUCCACUGUAUUAGAGCAGGAACCAGUGUGUACAUAAUUUUACUGCUUAUGUUAUUAGCAUUUCCUUUCUAUAAUAUUCAUAGUGAUGCACCAGGGCUCUUGCACACAGAGAAAGAACAACACUAGAAGCUGCAAGCAUACUCAAUUUGUAAUGCAAACUUGCCAUUUAGAAGUAGCAAUUGUAUAAUAAAACUACGUAUUACAUGCAAAUCAUUUUAAUUUUCUACUUUGUUUUGAAGCUAUAUUAUUGUUUGUUUAUUUACUCCAUGUAUUGUAUUCAGAGA